UCUCAAUUUCUACAUUUUAUAUCAUCUUUCAUAUAAUUGAAAAUUUGAAGUAUAAAUAAAUUACCUUUCUUUAACAAAAAUUCAAACGGAUCACGAAUUAUAUGCCUAUCCAUUAAGCUCAUGAGGAUCUUUUGAUCUUCCCCUGGCCUCACAACUCUAGAAAUUUUCUACUGGAUUUGGCUGUGUUACAGGUAUAAAAAUUUCUGUUCACAGAAGGUUUGUUAAGAUGUUUGCUUGUAUGUUUUGAAGCACCAGUAUUGGGAAUAAGUGUAGCAGAUUUAUGCUCGACAGGAUUCUUUACAGAUGUGAUUCUUGACUAUUCAUUUGCAACACUCUUAGACAUUGAGCUCCUGAGUUGAACUGAGAGUAAGAAUGGAGCUGCAAGCUGCCGGUUCAAUUGACCAAUCUAAAUAAUAACAAUAAUUAUCAAUCGUUGGAGACAGUGACAGCCUUGCGUGAAGGCUUCCAGCAGAGUUUUGGGAAGUAGAAAGUUUUGCAUUGUGCUCGGAAUGGAGUUGCAUGGCUUUGGGCUUACUCUGUGCAGAACAACUCAUACCUGCUCUACAACCUCCUUUAAACACGUUCCCCCGCUUUCGCCCUCUGCCUUAACACUCAAAUCGUCGAAGUCUCUGAAAAUUUCCCGGGUUUUUAUGCAAAGAAAGCAUCGCUCUAUAUGGGUCAAUGCCAACAUUCGCGAUGAGGAGGCAGGGGAAGAGAAGGUGGAGGAGAGGGAGAAGGAUAAGGAGGACGGGGUUUUGAUUUCUAUGGAAGAAAGUGGGAAGAAGACUUUCGUGAACGAUUUUUGGGGAGGGGUUUUGGAAGAAACAGGGCAGAUUGAAUGGCCACCCUUCCAGAGAGUUUUGGGAACCACCGCCCUCGUAUUGGCAGUCAUCGUCGGUUCUUCUGCGGUUUUGUUGACUGUUAAUGCGGUUUUGGCCGAGCUUUCCGAUAAAAUAUUUAGUGGGGCUGGCAUUCAAGGUAUUUUCUCCUAAUAAUAAGUGAUUCCUCGAUUUUGUUUAUGUAAAAAGGUACUUCACAAGAGUAUUUGGGAUGAAAUUUGUAUCUCUGAAUGGAAUUAUGGAUUUGGGAAUGUUGUUUGUCUUGAUGUAUCUGGUGAAUCGGUUUGCAUCCUUGUAUUUUUAAGUUGUCUGCAAAGAAAUUAAGUUUUGGCUGUUCGAGGAGCUGUUCUAUGAAUACUAGAAGAAUCCAUUAACUUUGAAAAAUUUGGAUAUACACUCUUAUAAUUCUAUUUUUUUUUUUUU